AUGGCCGAUGUCGCUGAGGCCACCAGUACCGUCGAGAGCAAUGCGGAGGAAGUCACCAAGAAGCGGAUCUAUAGUGUAAGCAACUCCGCGCAUGUGCCCACUGCAAAUCACGCAAAAGACGCUGCGACGGACAAGAACCGGCCUGUGGACUCUGCACUAGAUCAGGCGUACCCUGCGUAUACACUGAGCGCAGGAAGAGAGGCCCGGGGCGGAAGUCAGUGCCAAAUGCGGAUCACUCCGUCGACAAUUGCUGACGUUCUACCCAGGAACAAAGUUGAAUCCGAGCCAGGAGAAAAGCGACUGAGUGCCGAGGCGCCCGAUGUGGCUGAAAUUGGCACUCUCGGUGGCCAGUUGUCUUUGGAGGAUCCAAGAGGGCAAUCCCAAGGGCUCGUCGAUACUACACUUUCUCAGCUUGCCGAACGGCGCAUAAAGGUACCAAAAAGUCUGGCGCAAAGAAUCCAGGGUCAUGCCGUAGAACAACAGCAGCGUGAUCCGGCCGAUCCUGGGCCCAGCCGGCGCGAAAGGAUGCCACCCUAUGCUCUCCCUUUCCUUCCCAAAGAUCUGUUCGGGCGGACUUCCGUGCUAGAAGGACUUCGUAAUGCUCGAAAUCAGAUUGAGGCAACUGUAGACUGGAGGCCUUUCAGCCGAACCACAUUUGCACGCUUCCCGCCCCAAGACUACAUUUUGGAUUUGGAGGUCACCGUCAUGGAGGAAGUGCAGCUCUUCUGUCCCGCCAUGACGAGAGAGACAUUCUUAGGGCAUACUGACAAACAGUACGGGGUUCACGCCGACCAAAAUGACUGUGAUACUUCAGCCAGGCGCGCGAUUGCAAAUGCCAUGUUCGGGGCCGCCAUGCGGUGGAGGACCGCGAACGACUCCUUUGAGCGUUUUGGCGGCUUGAGUUGGGGAUACUACAAGAACGCAUACGCCAUCGUCCCUGAACUCCUUCUUCAAGGGACAAACGUGUUGGCCUGCGAGGCCUUGCUGGCUAUAGCCACGUUCUCGUUGCAGACGGCCGAUGCGCGCACGACGGCUCAGCUGGCUUCUGCGGCGGCCCGAACCGCGCAGAUUAUCGGGUUGCACAAGAGGGAAACUUAUGCCAACCUUGAUGCCAUCGAGUCGGCGCGACGUAGGCGGGUAUUUUGGGCAACACAUAUACUCAACACGGACAUGAUGGCAAAGUAUGGUCUAUCUCACCCCUUUGCUCAUGACGAUGUCACCGUUGAGCUUCCAGAUAAGGAUGCGACCGUUUUUGAUGGCAUCUCGCACUCGCCGUGCCUCCUUAAUAGCAUGGCACGACUCUCAAGGACCCAAGUCACACUCCAUGGAAAGUUCUCUCCACACAAUCUCCAGCUGCAGUCAGGUACGGAACAUCACAUGAUGAUGAUACUGUCCAAUUGUGAGCUGGAAGAGUGGAAGUGCUCGCUCCCGCAAGAAUCGAGGCCGGACCCUUCUACCCCGUCGACGACGGGAGCGUUGGACAUGCACACCGCCCUGUUGCAUUUUAUCUAUUUCAGCACUCUGAUUAAGACUAACAUCAACCUGGCGCGACUUAAGAAUGCGACGAGCGUGCAGCCGUCAUGCUCGCUGUACUCAGACUGGGUGAAUAGGGGCGCCUUUCCCAGCAUAGAGCAGUCACACUCCAAGUGUACGUCGGCGGCUCGGGCAAUCAUUGAUCUUCUACGGGUGAUGCCACCUCAACCUUAUGUGAAUAUAUGGGUUCUUCUCGGCUAUCCCAUCAUGGCCAGCUUAAUCCUCUUAUGGUCAGCACUCGAGGAACCCACAGGAUCAGAGGCCCAUCUCAAUAUCAGGGUCUUGGGCCAAUUUAUCCAAUUCCUAGCAGGAUUGAAGGAAGAAGGAUGUGAUCUGAACAACGUGCUGGACGGCUGUUCCAAGAUCUACAAAAUUGCCAAAUACGUCGUCCAUACGCAGAGAGUCAUGAGAGUGACGGCACCCUUAGAGGAAGACAAUGAUGUCAAGGAACAGCUUGAGGCUCUUCGCUUGAAGCUCUCUGGAGUAACGGACUGGAUGCAUCUUGCCCAGGGUCUACUGAGCAACAUGCCUCUACUAUGCACACAAGCAAGAGACAUCUUUGCGGAUGUACUUGGAAUGGAGCAGACACAUCCUGACUACGGGCCGUUUGCCCCUGAGCUGCUAAUGCCACACAAACACAACGUCUUUUUCAGUUCUUGA